AUGGCAUGCUCAAAGAUAUUUUUAGGAGAUUUACCAGAGUUAAUAAAUGAAAUUAUUCAAUAUUUCCAUCAUGAUUAUAAAACAUUACAUUCAUGUAUAUUAAUUAAUAGAUUAUGGUGUCGUUUAGCAAUUCCUUUAUUAUGGGAAGAUCCAUUUUCAAUUAAAUUUCCUAAAAAUUAUCACUUUAUUGAAAUUUAUUUACAUAAUUUGAAUGAUGAUGAUAAAACAAAAUUAAAUAAAUAUGAAUUUAAUAAUGAUUUAAUUCCUUCAAAUACAUUAUUCAAUUAUCCUAGUUUUAUUCAACAUUUGAAUACACGUAAAAUUAUUAAUUCUAUUAACAAUUGGAAAAGUGCUGUUGGAAUUUCAACAACUAAAGCACGAAACUUUAAAAAAUUUAUUCAUAAUUUACUGUAUCUAAUAUUCAUUGAAAAUAUAGUAAAUUUGCAUAGUUUGGAAGUUGUAUUAUCCACAAGUCAAGAAGAAUAUUUUAAUAAUACUCUUAAUUUAAUUUUACAAAAUCCAAAUCUCUUUCGCAAUAUUAAAAAUUUAAAACUAGAAGAUUUAGGUGCUGAAACUUUAAUAAAACUUUCAACACUUAUCAGCUCUAAUUGCAAUUCAAUUUCAUCACUUUAUUUUGAUCUAAAUAGUUACAAUUAUACUAAAAAUAACAAUCAAAUGAUCGAAAAAUACUUAUCACAAAUUAUCAAUUCUCAAGAAAAUCUUAGAAGGAUUUUAUUUGAUUUUUAUGAGUUUACUUUGUCAUUGUUAUCAUUAAAAAAUUCCAAUUGUUCAAAUACAUUAAACACAAUUGUAUUUUGUUAUGUUGAUUUUAAAAAUAUAAUUGGUUUAAUUGAAAUAUUCAAUCAAUUGAAUGUUUUAGAAUCAAUUCAUAUUAUUUUUUGCAAAUCUCUAGAUACUAAAUUUAUUUCACAAAUUAUUAAUAUUACUAAACCAUUUAAAUUAAAAUCUUUAAUUUUCAAUAAAAUAUUACAAAUUGAAUCAUUAAUAUUGCUAAUACAAAAAUUUGGUAAUAAUAUAGAAGAUUUUGGAUUUAGUGGAAUAAAGGAAUCACAACAAUUACCUCAAUUACUUGAAUCAGUUAUAAUAUAUUGUUGCAAAAUUAAAUUUUUAUAUUUACCUGGUGAGCUAAAUAGUCAGAAUAUUAAUUUAUUAUUCAAUUUAAUUGAAAAUAUUAAACAGAAUCUUAAUUACCUUUUAAUUGAUACUUAUGAUAGUCAUUUGAGUUCAAUUAUAUUACAAAAUUUAGGACAAAUUCUUCCCUUUAAAUUAGAAUAUUUGAAAUUGAGUCUUGUAAUUAAUACAAGUGAUUUCGAAACAUUUUUAAAGAAUUCACAAAAUAUUUUUAUUAAAAAAUUGGUAAUUACCAACAAUAGAAUAAAAGACGAAAUUGAAGAUAUUUUCCCUUAUAUAAAGGAAUAUAUUAUAAAAAAGAAAAGAGUUAAAUAUUUGGCUAUUAGAGAAAUUAGUACUUGUAUCAUGGAUUGUGAUAGUUUGUUUUCUCUGAAAGAUAAAGUAGAUAUAUUAAAACUAUAUGAUAUUCAAGUUUUAGAUUAUCAUAGUUUAUAUAUUAGUAAUGUUGGGAAAUUUAUUUAUGAUAACAAAUAUUUUUAUUAA